UUCAACUUGAACUCCCUUUCGAAACCCUUUCCUUUCUCUCGCUUCCUUUAGCACCAACAGUCGCGUGUUGCGCCUUAACACAUACGCACGUUUCACGAGCUGUGUUCGCAAAACGUGACCUAAUCACCUUUAUCGAACAUCUCCAAGUGACUUCUCCAGUAACAAAUAUAUUCCGCACGUGAAGUAAGCUGAUUGUUCCAAGUUUCUAUCCAAUAGUAUCCUGUCUGAGUUUUCCCUGGAUGAGGCAGUCUCUCUUAGUACUAUCGUCGGCACGUGAAAUAAGUUAGAUAUAUUCUAAAAAAAAAAAGCAGAGAGAGAGGAAGAAGUAGACAGCGACGAGAACUUUAACAGCGAACCUUUGCGAUACGAAUGAAUUAAGAGCUGAGGUUGAUCACGAUGACCGCCAACUUUCUUAAAGAUUACAUGGACUUGGAUGAGUUUUUGGCCGUCAAAGAUCUCUGCACUGGCCUUUCUCGAACUGAGAGUGAUUACUCGGAAGAUGAAAUAGAACAAGACAUCGCUAAUCUCGUGGAUGAUGAAGAUGUCCCUCCGUUUUACAGCUUUCCACCUUCGAAUAUUCCUCAGUUAUCUCCGGAUUGCUUUGGAGGUAGUACCAGCGAUACGGAUGAAGGACGAGGCGACAGUGUUAGCUCUGAAAAUCCUGCCUCUCUAAGUUCGUGCGAGUCGCAUAACUCAAAUGAGACCGAACGAGCCUUCCCCAAGAAGAGAAAGCGCAAAUCGACAACAAAUAAUAACAGUGAUGCACAGAAAACAAGUGCACCGCGAAGGAGGAGAAGGAAAGCAGAUGAUCUUAAAGAGAAACGGGGGACUGCAACAGUGGACUAUAACGAGGGAAAACAGCCGCGAAAGAUCUCCCGACAGACAGUGAACGAAGAUGUUAAAGAUGAAAAAUACUGGGAGAGACGGAGGAAGAACAAUCAGGCUGCGAAAAGAUCUCGAGAUCUCAAGAGACAGAAAGAGUUAUGUGUAGCGGAGAGAGCUGCACUGCUGGAGGACGAGAACAGACAAUUACGAGAAGAAGUUCAGAAACUUCGUGACUAUCUCAAAACUCUAGACGAAAAGAUGGACAAAUCGUCGACAGACUCGCAGUGAAAAAGUCUCCUUUGCACAAAAUGCUGUAAAUGUUGAUUUGAUUCCUUCGUCCUUUUCUUGGGGGAAAAGUCUUCUGCACUACAAGUUCACCAUAGAAGGUUGCCAUUCAAUUUUUUGGUAAAUUAUCUCGCAAUAUUUGAGUCCCCAGGUAGCACAGUUAUACUGUGCCUCACCAGAAACUUGGACUGGACUCUACCUAUUCAUAUUAAAGGUGGGAACACUAUUUUGUAUUCAGGGCUGUGCUCAUGCAAAACACUGGUACUAUAAAAAGGUGACACUUGUCUUUGAGUUACUGGGAGAUGUAUUUUUCAUUAUAUGAAGGCUUAGAAUAGCUAGGCAGCCAAGAUUUCUGACAGGAGAGCCUUUGUCUUUUAUAUUCUUGAGAUGUCAGUGAUAUAUCAAGUGUCACCCUCCCCCAAAUGUGUCCAAGGGUAGAAGAGAGGGACUACACCCGAACCCCCAUUCCUGAUAUCCUACACUGCUCUGUGAAUUUCCUGUAGCACAAUUAAAUUUCUCGUUCGUACCCUUUCACCAAUCCUCAUAGAAAAUGGCUUAAGGUAAGCUGAGUAUACUUUCCAUUAAUCAAAGAAUCUGAGAGUUCAAAUCCACCAUAAUUGUUCAUAUUGGCAGGAAUAAGUAGAUGAGUUCCUGGCAUCCUAUUAAAUAUUGACAAACAAUUUUGAGUUAACUUGUUUUCUAUAGCAGUUAUUGUAAGUAUGUUCAAAGAGGUUAUGAUUCCAAGAAUUAUGGUGCAUAAAUAGGUAGUGAUGGCACUUAGUAAUGUUGAUAUGCAUUCAUAAUUCAUACUUGAUAUUCUUGUAAAAUUAUAGCAGUGUGUUAUUUAUAGAUUCAAGACAAUUGAUCCAAACUGAAUUUGGAGACUUAUAUGAAUGGUUUUAUGAAAAUAUGGACAGUUUUUUUUAUGGACUGAUUGUGGCAAGUGAAAGUGAUUAAGUGAUGUUAUUAUCAUGUUAAGAAAUACAUUUUCUAUUUAAUUGAAGUAGUUCUAGUCAUGGCUAAUUAUUAUUUGCUAAAUUGUUGUAAUGGAACAUGUCUGUGUGCAUUUUUUUUUUUUAUCUUGCAUUUGAGAAGUGUGUCAUUAAUAUACACAUUCGUCUGAUGGUUCAAAACAAUCCGUAGUAAUUGAUAUGUAGUUUCAUGGAGUGUUCCACAUAAUGAGAUCCUAUUCAAAAUAGUAAUAAAAAAAGGUUUGUAUUUGUA